AUGACGGCGAACUCGCAGUUGCAGGCACGCAGCAACGCGAGUAGCAUUUGGGCAGGCAAAGGUGAAACGACUGCAGACGAGUGGCCGUUGGACCGACCAUACGAUACUCUGAUGCGUGCAGUGCAGUGCGGUGCGUGCGUACGUGUGGCCGCGCGCUCCAGAUACGACAAGGGCGAGAAGGUGUUUGCCAUGGUGACCCUCACCACGCCUAACCUUAUCCAACCACCCACAAACCCACCCACCCACCCUCUUACCCGCUCUCAGAUACUACUUCCAUGA